AACAAAGAGCUUUCCUGUUGUUUCRAGGAGAAAAAUGAGACUCAUGGUGAAGAAGACAGAAAGGAAAAGAUUUGUUUCUGUUUGAUACCUGACUUUUCCUCUCUCUCUCUCUCCCCCUGAAGGGGUGUGUGGACCCUCCCUUCACAUGUCUGAGGAGAGAGAGAUUCCUGCUGCUGUUCCAGGAGGGAGAAGGAGUGGAGCAGAGCAGCUCAGGAGGUGCACACAGUGGGCUGAUCAACGCUGCGUCGACACAGGCAUCUGUGCCAGAGGUGAAGAAGACGAGGGGCGACGUUCCCGACAUUUUUCCAGAACCCGAAUCUGAGCCMACCACCCAAGUGUCGGACUUUGAAAGCUCGUAUAAUUAUGUCUUGUCCAGACUAGCCAGCAUGGAUCAGGCCAUCCACAAACUGAAUGUGGGUCACUACACUCUGGACGUUAAAGUCAGCCAGCUCAUUGACCGCGUCUCCAGGCUGGACGCUAAAGUCGGGGACCUGGAGGACAGCAUCAGCGAGGUCUACCAGCACAGCAAGGACAACCGCAAAGAGAUCGGGCGUCUAGAAGGCUGCCAGAAAGGACACAGGAUGGGCUACAAAUGUUACCUGGUUUACAACCGUUUGGAAGACUACGCUGGAGCAUCCAGGAAGUGCCUGGAACGCGGCGGCCGCAUGGCCAUGCCCCGCGACCGUAAAGAGCAGGAGGCCCUGGCGGACUACGUGAAGGGCUUCUUCCACCCGGGGAACUGGCCCGUCUGGUUGGGCGUCAACGACCUGCGSUCCGAGGGCUUGUACCUGUUUGACGACGGCACCCGGGUCUCCUACUUCCAGUGGCGUAAACACUUCCUGUCCAGCCAGCCGGACGGAGGGAGGCGGGAGAACUGCGUGGCCAUGUCGUCGGACGAUGGAGACUGGUGGGACCACUACUGCGACCGGACCAUGAACUACGUGUGCGAGUUUGACGACAGGGUGGCUCUUUAAAAAAACAAACUCUUUGGCCUUUUGUCUGUUGCAAAGUUACCACUAACCUGUUGAUAUUUGGAAAUAAAAAAUCUUUUUAUUUAAUAAAA